UCACAAUUUCUCUGAGUUCUGCGGGAUAUAGUUAUGUUUUUCAUCUGCAUAUUAUUAUUUACGUUAAUAGUUUUGGGUAAAUAUUUAAAGUGCACCUCAACCGUUGCGAUAUUAUGUCAAUCAAACAAAAGACUGGAUGGAAAGACAGCCAUAGUCACUGGAGGUACAGCAGGUAUGGGGUUAGAGAUCGCAACAGAUUUUGCAAAGCGAGGUGCUCGAGUGAUAAUCGCUUGUCCAUUCGAGAAAGAAGGUUUAGAAGGGCGUGAAUAUAUUAAGAAAACAGCAAACAAAGAAGCUAUAUUUAAACUACUUGAUUUAUCUUCUAUCCAGUCUGUAAGAAAAUUUACAGAUGAAAUAAUUGAAAGUGAAGAAAAAUUACAUAUAUUAGUAAACAACGCUGGAGUUUAUAAUAUGGCCAAAGAGUAUGUCACACAAGAUGGUAUGAGUGUUACAAUGCAGACAAACUAUUUCGGACCUUUCCUGCUUACAUUAUUACUGAUACCCCUUUUAAAAAAGACUGGACGAAGUUCUGAACCAUCCCGGAUAGUAAAUGUCACAUCCCGAGCACAUUUUAGAGGGAAAAUUGAUUUUAAAAAGAUUAAUGAUAUAAAAUACUGGAAGUCAUUCCAAAUUUAUGCAAAUAGUAAACUUUGCUUGACGCUAUUUACUCGGGAAUUAACUAAAAAGCUAAAAAGGACAAAUGUAGUGGUCAAUAAUGCAGAUCCAGUUUGUUAUAUUGUUGGUUUUAAGAGUCCUCGGGUCGGGGCGCAGACUGCUAUUCAUGUGGCGUUAGAUGACGACGCUGGAGCAGUGAGUGGAGAGAUGUUUUACAACUGCAAGCUGUCUAAAGCUGCAGCGAUGGCUUAUGAUGAAGACCUGGCGCAAAAAUUAUGGGAAGAAUCAAUAAAACUUGUUAAAUUGGAAAGAGAAGAAGUUAUUAAAGUGUAAAAAAAGGGUUAACUAAUUUUGUCGGUAGACGGUUCGAUCUGAUUCACGGAAUAUUAAAUUAUGUAAUAGAAAUGAAAUCUAGCCAAUUUGUUUCGCAAGAAAUAAAAUAAAUUAUUUAA